GCCAUGUUUCGCUGUGACACUAUCAACCAUAUCCAAGCCUCUUCUGCUCUUUCCACACAACCCUCAGCAGCGGCGGCGACGAGCAAGUGCAUCCGAAACUACCAGACGUAGUGUUAUGGGACCAUCACACAGAGAGCGCUUCAAGUGGAUGUGGUACGGACUCAAGAUAAAGUAAUGGUGAGCUAAUGCCAGGUAGGCAAUUUGCAAGAUCUCGGUUACUUCUGAGCCUCAACCUUACUCAGGCUACUUGGCUAUGGACUUAUCGAGCACCCCAUCUAGAAUGUAUCCUCGCUCUGCGUGAAACCGAUUGUCGAGAAGCACAUAUGCGUGUGAUACCCGAAGCUUUUUAUGUUCAUGGGCGAAAAGAACCAAAAAAAGGAGAAAAAACGGAGGACCUUUCCUCUUCCCCAACUCCAUACCAACCAAGCCCGCACUCCCGAGUGCCAAAUGCAGGACCAUGUUCCCGUGCUUCAAUAACGGGGUAUAAGUGAAAAUCACGCCGUCAAUUGAAAAAAUCGAAACUUCCUCUCCAAAUUGUACGCUC